AUGAAAAGUUCAGAGGUUCCAAACCAAGAGGAGGUUAUUCCUGCUGUUGAAUUGAAGACUGAUGGAGAGUUGCCAGAGAUGCCUAAGGCUAACCAUGUGGGAGAGGGGACACAUGUUGUUUUACCUAGCUGCUCUAGCUCCACAUGCUCAUCUAGUUCAAACCAAUGUAAGGACAAGGAGGACCCUGAGGUCACAAAGCAGAAAACUCAAAUAAAGAAAAAGAAGAAGGGAGGUGAAUGCCCUAUUGUACCUGUGUCAGGUUUUCCAGGGCUUCUACACAACUACCCCUCCUAUAGUCUUGGUAGGAUCUUAAUCUUGUAUGACCCUAUCAAACUUAAAGUUCAGAAGCUUUCUUCUAAUGCACAAGCUAUUCACUGUGGUUCUGGUAAUUGGAAUUCAGGUAUCAUAGACUUCAAUACCUGUAUUUUUUAUGCUGAGUUACAUGAACUGAGGUAUAGUGGUAUGUUCUACACUUGGACCAAUAUGAGCCCUGGAGAUUCUAAUAUUUCUAGGAAACUGGAUAGAGUUUUGGUGAAUGACAGCUGGUUAUCCAAAUUCCCUCUAUCUAGCUGUGAGUUUUUGCCUCAUGGGGUAUCUGAUCAUUCCCCAAUGAUUGUUAACUCAGAAAUUGUGCCUCCUAAAAAGAAUAUUCCUUUCAAAUUUUUUAAUUUUUUGGGCAAUCAUAAGGAUUUUUUAUCUACUGUGGCUUCGGUUUGGGAGCAAAAUGUGCAUGGUAAUAUUAUGUUCCAGGUGGUUUGUAAGUUGAAGAUGCUCAAGAUCAAAUUGAAAGCCUUAAACAAGAAGGAGUUCAGUGAGAUUUCCAAAAGGGUUAUUGAAACUAAAGAUGCUUUGAGUGUUAUUCAGAUUGCUCUUGAUGGUGAUUCUGCUAAUGUGGAGCUCAGAAGUAAGGAGAAUAAUCUUCUUCAAAGUUUUCAUGAUUUGUCUGUAGCUGAGGAACAAUUUUUCAUGCAAAAGUCAAGGGUUAAAUGGUUGAGUGAUGGCGAUAAGAACACUAGCUACUUUAUGAAGACUUUCAAUGCUAGGUGCAACAAAUUAAGGAUUACUAGGCUCAGGCUUGCCUCAGGGAUUCAAGCCUUAAAGGAAGUUUAUAGUAAGGUGGUUCCUGACGAGUAUCUUAAUUCAUGGACUUCUAUUCCAUCUCUUGAAGAGAUCAGGGGCUGUUUUUUUGGGCUGAGUGACAAAAAAUCCCCUGGAACUGAUGGGUUUAAUGCAGAUUUCAGACCUAUUUCCUACUGUAACACUAGCUACAAGGUUAUAUCCAAGCUUUUGGCUAAGAAAAUUCAACCUAUUCUUCCUCACCUUAUUGAUAAUUACCAAACUGCUUUCAUUAAAAAUAGAAGAAUUGGUGAAGGAGUGUUUAUUGUUCAAGAACUCAUGAAGGGAUACACAGGCCAGCUUUCUUCUCCAAGAUGCACCCUUAAGGUUGAUAUCCACAAAGCUUAUGAUACUCUUUAUUGGGAGUUUUUGGUGGAUUGUCUUAAAGUCCUCAACUUCCCUCAUAUGUUUAUCCAGUGGAUCAUUGCAUGUGUCACCACAACUGCCUUCUCUGUGGCUAUCAAUGGUGAGAUGAUUGGUUUUUUCAAAGGAGCUCAAGGUUUAAGGCAAGGGGACCCUAUUUCCCCUCUCCUGUUUGUUCUUAUUAUGGAUGUGUUAUCUUCUACUAUCAUUAAGUCCAUCUAUGAGAGUUCCCAAUUCUCCUACCAUUGGAGAUAUAGAGCAAACCAAAUUUCCCAUUUGUGUUUUGCUGAUGAUGUCAUUUUGUUUUGCUAUGGGGACCCCUAUUCUCUUGAUGUGUUGAUCAAGAGUUUUGAUUUGUUCUCUAAGCUUUCUGGUUUAAAGCCUAAUUUGGCUAAAAGCAACAUCUUUACUGCUGGAGUGAAUGAAGAAACUCAAAAUACCUUGGUUAAUGGCUCUGGAUUUGUUGGUGGCCAGUUCCCAUUCAGGUAUUUAGGUCUCCCUAUUACUGCCUCAAGACUCUUAACUGUUGACUGCAAGGUUACUAAUAAGGUGAAUGCUGUAUUAAUGAAGUUUUUAUGGACUGGGAAGGAGCUGAAGAACUCUGGUGCUAAAGUUAAUUGGUAUGCUGUAUGCAAGCCUAUGGUCUAUGGAGGGCUUGGGCUGCCUAAUCUUGCUGCCUUAAAUAGAAUUGCUAUCUUGCAGCAUAUCUGGAAUUUGUUCUAUGAUGGAGGCCAAUCUCUUUAG